UGCCUUUAAGGAGCGGGCGGGGAGCGGGCGGGGAGGGGGCGCGGCAGAGCGCUGAAUGGGGCGCUGCGAGGUCCGCACAGCUUUGUACUGCCUGCCCGCGGGCACCUCUCUUGGCCCUGCCCGGUCCGCCCCGCCCACCACGACCCCUGCUGCAGGGGAGCGGAGACCCGGCGGCCGCUGCGGACUCGAGCGAGAUCGACGCAAGGUCAGGGGCGGACGCGCGCUCCGGGCGCCCGUGUGCCGGAUACGCGGCGGGGAAGCCGGCGAGCAGGCUGGAGGGCUCCCUGGAGGAUCCAGAAGUUGCUUCCAUCAUGGCAGAGCUCAAGGUGGAGACCCGGGGCAGCGUGGACUGGCAGAAGCGUUGCCUGGCCCUGGAAACCCAGCUUUUCAGGUUCCGCCUGCAGGCCAGCAAGAUAAGGGAGCUGCUGGCCGACAAGAUGCAGGAACUGGAGCAGAGGCUGCUGGAAGCAGAGCAGAGAGCAGAGAACGCGGAGACCCAGGUGGGUGUGAUGGAAGAAAAGGUGAAAUUGUCCAAUCUGAAGAAUGUGGACUCAGCAGGCAGCCUGCACCGGAAGUACCAAGAUUUGCUGAAAGCCAUGCAGGGCAAAGAUGAGCUCAUCGGCCAGCUGGAGGCGCAGCUGGAGAAGCAGAAGCAGAUGAGAGCUGAGGAAGCAAAAAUCGUUCAAGAAAAAGCUGCAAAGAUCAAGGAAUGGGUGACGCUGAAAUUAGCAGAGCUUGAGAUGGAGAAUCAGCACCUGAAAAGCUGUAAUCAGCACCUGGUGGAGCAGGUGGGAGCCCUUCAAGAUGCGCUAGAAGCUCUUCAGAUGACACCUUCAGGAAAGCUGCUGGUGGCCCCCCAGGGAACCGUGGAGCAAGAUUCUGUCCCUUCAGGGCCAGGAGCCCAGCCAGUGGGGCAGGACAGUGAUACCCGGGCCCAGAGUCCCCUGAAGGCAGCCAUGCCUGCACCUUCUCCAGGUCCUCCGCAGAGCAAGGACUCUGUUCCUAAAGCAGGAAGCCCCGUGGAGGAUUCUGGUUCCGUCAUGGUCCACCCUGGAGAAGUAUCAGAGACCAAGACCCCUCCAACCCAUCUAGGAAGGCAGGGCUCUCCUGGCCAGCUGUGCGUGAAGCCUCGCACCCCCAGGCAUGGUCUGGUCUCCUGGGGUGAGGGCCUGGUCACUGCUCAGGGAGGGACGCUUCCUGGGACAAAGACCUCUGCCAGGGAAGGUGGCCCCGGCUGCAGCCUGACCCUGCCAAAGGCUCGGGCCUCCAGCACUCCCCGGGACAGCAUCCAGCUGGCCAAGCGGCACCACAGCCAGCCCCAGGCCGGCCCUGGGCACUUCAGCCACGUGGUGAGCAUUGAGAUCGGGGCCCUCUCAGCCCUCCGCCCUGCCAGCCCUCCCAAGGCGGAGGCAGAGCUCCGGGAGGAACCGGAGAAGAUGGAGAUGGAGGAGCAGCCCCCAGCAGGGAAGGAGGAGGCCCCCGGAACAGUGCUGGAGGAAGUGGAUUUGGGGAACAAACCGCCCACACCCCCUCUGCACCGGUUUCCUUCCUGGGAGAGCCGGAUCUACGCAGUGGCCACGUCAGGUAUGCGGCUGUCGGAGGUGUCUGCCAGAAGUAACACCACGUGCUGCGCCUCUAGCCCUCCUGUCCUCGGGUCCCCGGGGCCUUUCUCUGGCCUUGUCUACAAGAAUGUCACCGUGCCUGUCUACACAGCCCUGAAGGGGAGAGCCACACAGAUCAGCACGGUGCCUUUUGUGGACGAGUCCUCUGGGUCUGACGAUGACUGCAGCUCCCAGGCGAGCUUCCGAACUUCAGUGCCCUGCUCUGAGUCCAGAAGGACCAGUGGACUGAGCCCCCGGGCCAUCAAGAGAGGUGUCUCCAUGUCCUCGCUGAGCUCCGAGGGUGACUACGCCAUCCCCCCAGACGCCUGCUCCCUGGACAGCGACUACUCAGAGCCUGAGCACAAACUACAGCGCACCUCGUCCUACUCCACCGAUGGGCUGAGCCUGGGCGGGGAAUUGCUGGAGAAGUCAGGCUACCUGCUGAAAAUGGGGAGCCGGGUGAAGACGUGGAAGAGGCGCUGGUUUGUCCUGAGACAGGGACAGAUCAUGUACUACAAGUCUCCGAGUGACGUCAUCCGGAAACCUCAAGGUCAAGUGGAACUGAACUCCCGUUGCCGAAUUGUCCGAGGAGAGGGUGCACAGACAUUCCAGCUCAUCUCUGAGAAGAAAACCUAUUACCUGACGGCUGAUUCACCCAGCCUGCUGGAGGAGUGGAUCCGAGUCCUGCAGAGCCUGCUGAAGGUCCAGACCAUUGGGCCUCCAGCCCUGCCACAGGGUGGCACCAAGCCCACUGUGAAGGGCUGGCUGACCAAGGUCAAGCAUGGGCAUUCCAAGCUGGUCUGGUGUGCUCUUAUCGGAAGAACCUUCUACUACUAUCGAAGCCAUGAGGACAAGCGACCCUGGGCCGGCUGCCUGUGCGGGACGCGUGCAUAGAGGAAGUAGAUCGAUCCUGUGACUCAGACGAGGACUAUGAGGCCGGAGGAACCGGGCGGUUGCGUUCCUCCCACUGCACCCUGGUGAUCCAUCCCCCAGAGCACAGCCCCACCUACCUCCUCAUUGGCACCAAGCAUGAAAAGGUGAG